AUGUCAUCCACCGACGAGAAGAACGCCUCCGCCCUGGAGAAGGCAGGAAUGGACCACGUUGAACAUAGAUCAGACGACAGCUCCGACUACGUCGAAUAUGACGAAGCGGAAAAGAGAGCCAUAACCCGUCGUAUAGACAGGCGAUUGGUCAUUGUCACUGGUGUCACAUACUGCGUCUCCCUUAUGGACCGAACCAAUCUUUCUGCCGCUUCCUUGGCUGGCAUGAACAUCGAACUCAAGAUGAAUGUUGCAAACAAUGGCUACUCCAUCACUACCUUGGUAUUCUUCGUAACAUAUAUUUUGUUCCAACCUCCUGCCACAAUCGCCACACGAAAAAUUGGACCUCGUAACUUCCUGAGUGCUAUCUGUCUUCUCUGGGGUGCUGUUAUGAUCGGUAUGGGUUUCGUUAAGAAAUGGGAAGAACUUAUGGCUCUCCGUCUUGUUCUCGGUAUCUUUGAGGCUGGUUAUUUCCCUGGUGCCGUCUAUCUUCUCAGCACAUGGUACACUCGAUAUGAAAUGGGUAAACGAUAUGCAGUCUUCUACAUCGUCGGUUGCGUCGCUUCUGCCUUCGCCGGCAUAUUGGCCUACGGACUUAUGCAAAUGAACGGACUAGAAGGUCUCACGGGGUGGAGAUGGAUCUUUAUCAUGCAGGGUGUUAUCACUUGUGUCAUCGCCAUCAUCGCCUACGUCUUCCUUGUUCCAUUCCCAGAUGCCAACGCUCACAAGUCUUGGGGCUUUUUGAAUAAGUCUGAGGUCAACUACAUCAUCCGCAAGGUCAACGAUGAUCGUGGCGAUGUCCAUCUUGAGCCAUUCACCCUCAUGAAAUUCUUGGGAGGCGGUGCCGACUUCAAGGUUUGGUGUUUCGGUCUCAUCUUCUGCUUCAGCACUACCGUCACAUACUCAUUGGCAUACUUCCUUCCAAUCAUUUUGCACGGAGGUAUGGGAUUUUCAAUCGCCGCGUCUCAAUGUCUCGUCGCUCCACCAUACGCGUUCGCCGGUAUCUGGAUGUUCAUCUGUGGAUGGGCCGGUGAUAAGUACAAGAUCCGUGGUCCCAUCAUUGUCGUCAACUGCCUCUCCGAAAUCCUUGGAGUUUGUCUCAUGGGUUGGGGUCCAAGCAAUGGUGUUAAGUUCCUCGGAGUCUUCUUUGCCUGCGCCGGCGCCAAUUGCAACGUUCCUCUUGCCCUCACCUACCAAGCCAAUAACAUUCGUGGACAAUGGAAGCGUGCUUUCUGCUCUGCUACUCUCGUCGGUCUCGGUGGUCUCGGUGGUAUCAUCGGUGGUCUCGUUUUCCGUCCUCAAGAUGCUCCUUCAUACCGACCUGGACUUUACGCAUGUCUCGCGGCCGCUAUUUCUACUAUUAUCAUUGUCGGUCUGUUGUCCCUCUACUUCAAGACCGAGAACGGAAAGGCCGACCGCGGCGAGAAGAAGCUGGAAGGUGGCGAGGAAGGUUUCAGAUACACCAUCUAA